UUGUGGCAGUUCCGCAAGUAAGAUCAUCCAGUGACAGCAUUGAGGUCACGAAACCCACUACUGACCAAAAGAUCGGUGGCACAGUGAAAGUAAAAUGGAGUACUACUAACAUUCCCAAAGGUCUCAAACCCACCGACCAAAUUAGUACCCGUAUCAGAUGUCAAGUGGGUGGUAGGUCAAGGCAGUUUCCGCCAAAAGCUAUAAUACCAGUGAAUUUUACGGUUGGACAAAGGGAAGUUGGUCUCCCUGAUGACACUGACCUCGUUGGAGUUUCAUGUAAAGCAUUUGUUACCGAUGAUACCAACGAAAAAUUCCAAGGAACUUCGCAAGA